AUGGCGAUCCCAGUUGCCCGCGUGCACCUUGCCAUGGCACAGGCGGCUCUCCCCGCGCUGCUCCCGACCCCGCCCAAGUGGAAGAUGAUGCCGCUGCUCCCGACACCGUGCGUUGCCACCAUCCUCGGCCUCCCAAAGCCGCUCGGCAAGCCGAGCCGCGCCGACUCCGACGAGAGGUGGGACACGCGCAAGACCAAGCCGGCCAGGAUAGAAUCCUCAGCCGCGUCAAGCCCUCGUUCCGCCGAUGACAGCGUCAGGAGCAGCGCCGGCCGCGGAUCCUCGCGCAAGAACGCGACCUCGCCGCCGCCCAAGCCCGGCCGGGCAGACUCCGUGGAGAGGUGGGACGCGCACAAGAAGGCAGCGAGCCCAGCUUCGUCGUCGUCGUCAGGCACGUCUCCCCUCAUAAGCAGCACGUGCACAAUCAGCCGCGCGUCAUCCGCCGAGCGCUGGGACGUGCACAAGCACAAGAAGCGUCGCCCACCGUGGGCCAAGGCACUCGACGACGGCGAGAGCAGCAGUAGUGCAGUACUGGCAGCAACGACAUGGACACGGAGGAGGAGAUACUAUGGAAGCCGCGGGCCAUGUACGCAGGACCGGGCUUCGUCGUCGCCGCGCCAGAAUCCAGCAUGCUUCCCAUGCCAACACCGUUCUUGGUUCGCGUUGCAUAGCUGCACUGCACGAAUUCAUCUCGGCUGGUUUCUUCAGCUUCCGAAAGCAAGUGUGAUCUGA